AGUAGUACGAUGCAAGCCAACUCCUCGGCCAACGAGUGCCCGGACUACCAGCCCACCCAUCAUUUGCAUCUGGUGGUCUACAGCGUGGUGCUGGCGGCCGGGCUACCCCUCAACGCGCUGGCCCUCUGGGUAUUCCUGCGCGCGCUGCGCGUGCACUCGGUGGUGAGCGUAUACAUGUGCAACCUGGCGGCCAGCGACCUGCUCUUCACCCUCUCGCUGCCCUUGCGCCUGUCCUACUACGCGCGGCACUACUGGCCCUUCCCGGACUUUCUGUGCCAGCUGGCCGGCGCCGUCUUCCAGAUGAACAUGUACGGCAGCUGCAUCUUCCUGACGCUCAUCAACGUGGACCGCUACGCCGCCAUCGUGCACCCGCUGCGGCUGCGCCACCUGCGGCGGCCCCGCGUGGCGCGGCUGCUCUGUUUGGGCGUGUGGGCACUCAUCCUGGUGUUCGCCGUGCCCACCAUCCUGGCGCACCAGCCCUCGUCCUGCUCCAGAGACGGCCGCGACGUGUUCCUGUGCUUCGAGAGCUUCAGCGACGAGCUGUGGAAGGGCAGCCUACUGCCGCUCUUGCUGCUGGCCGAGGCGUUGGGCUUCCUGCUGCCCCUGGCGGCCGUGGUCUACUCGUCGGGCCGCGUCUUCUGGACCCUGGCGCGGCCCGACGCCACGCGGAGCCAGCGGCGGCGGAAGACGGUGCGCCUCCUGCUGGCGAGCCUGGUCAUCUUCCUGCUGUGCUUCGUGCCCUACAACGCCACGCUGGCCGUGUACGGGCUGCUACGCGGUGAGGUGGUGCCCGCCAGCUCCGAAGCGCGCAAGAAGGUGCGCCGGGUGCUGAUGGUCAUGGUGCUGCUGGCCGGUGCCAACUGCGUGCUCGACCCGCUAGUGUACUACUUCAGCGCCGAGGGCUUCCGCAACACCCUGCGCGGCCUGAGCGCCCCGCUCCGGGGCAAGACCUUGGCCGCCAAAGGGGCUCAGGAGGCGCUCGCCGAACCGCUUACCGAGACUGCCCACGCCUCUGCUCUGACCACAGCCAGCCAGGGGCAGCUCCAGCCCUCCGAUCCCCGGUCAUCCUUCACCCCGUCCCACGAGGAUUCGUCCUUCUGA